AUGGCAGGUACCACCACAGGGAAAAAAACUACCACUGGUACUACUACAGGAACUACCACUGACACCGCAACAGGUACUACAACUGGAACUACCACUGGUACCACCACAGGUACUACCACCGCAACUACCACAGAUACUACCACUGGAACUACUACAGGUACUACAUCUGGAACUACCACUGGUACCACCACAGAAACUACCACUGUAACAACAACUGGAACUACCACUGAUACCACAACAGGUACUACAACUGGAACUACCUCUGGUACCACCACAGGAACUACCACUGGUACUACUACAGAAACUACCACUGACACCACAACAGGUACUACAACUGGAACUACUACUGGUACCACCACAGGAACUACCACUGGUACUCCUACAGGAACUACCACUGUCACCACAACAGGUACUACAACUGGAACUACCUCUGGUACCACCACAGGAACUACCACUGACACCACAACUGGUACUACAACUGGAACUGCCACUGGUACCACCACAGGAACUACCACUGGAACCACAACUGGAACUACCACUGACACCACAACAGGUACUACAAGUGGAACUACCACUGGUACCACCACAGGGACUACCACUGGUACUACUAAAGGAACUACCACUGACACGACAACAGGUACUACAACUGGAACUACAACUGGUACCACCACAGGAACUACCACUGAUACUACUACAGGAAUAACACUGGACCAACAACAGGUAACUACACGGGAAACCAUCACUAGGAACUACCACAGAAACAACCACUGCAACUACCACGGAUACUACCACAGCAACUACCACAGGUACAUUGGCAUUUAUACCUGUACAUUAGUUAUAGCUUCAAAUAUAACUGAUUAUACCACUGGAACAAUCACAGGUACCACAACAGCAACUACCACUGGAACUACUACAGUAACUACCACUGGCACCACAACAGGUACUACAACUGGAACUACCACUGGUACCACCACAGGAACUACCACUGGAACCACAACUGGAACUACCACUGACACCACAACAGGUACUACAAGUGGAACUACCACUGGUACAACAACGGCAACUACCACUGAUACUACUACAGGAACUACCACUGAUACCACAACAGGUACUACAAGUGGAACUACCACUGGUACCACCACAGGAACUACCACUGGAACCACAACUGGAACAACCACUGACACCACAACAGGUACUACAAGUGGAACUACCUCUGGUACCACAACGGUAACUACCACUGAUACUACUUCAGGAACUACCACUGACACCACAACAGGUACUACAACUGGAACAACCACUGGUACCACCACAGGAACUACCACCACUGGUUACGGUACUAUACUUCAGGAACUAUCACUGACACACAUCAGGUACAUACAACUGGAAUUCUACCACUGGUACGACCACAGGAACUACCACUGGAACACAACCUGGAACUACCUACUGCAUACCACAACAGGUACUACAACUGGAACUACACUGUACCACCCCAAGGAACUACCCUGGUUACUCCUACAGGAAACUACCACUGACACACAACAGGAACUACCAACUGGAACCCACCACUCGGUAACCAUCCACGGAACUAACCACUGGGUACUAACUACGGAACCUACUACUGACACCACAACAGGUACUACAACUGGAACUACCACUGUUACCACCACAGGAACUACCACUGGUACUACUACAGGAACUACCACUGACACCACAACAAGUACUACAACUGGAACUACCAUUGGUACCACCACAGGUAUUACCAGCGCAACUACCACUGAUACUACCACUGGAACUACUACAGGUACUACCACUGGAACUACCACAGGAAUUACCACAGGAACAACCACUGCAACUACCACGGAUACUACCACAGCAACUACCACAGGUACCACAACAGCAACUACCACUGGAACUACUACAGGAACUACCACUGGCACCACAACAGGUACUACAACUGGAACUACCACUGGUACCACCACAGGAACUACCACUGGAACCACAACUGGAACUACCACUGACACCACAACAGGUACUACAACUGGAACUACCUCUGGUACCACAACGGUAACUACCACUGAUACUACUACAGGAAUACUGACCACAACAGUUACUACACUGAAACCAUGGUACCACGGAAUACCACUGGAACAACAUGGAACUACGACUGAUACCACAACAGGUACUACAACUGGAACUACCACUGGUACCACCACAGGAACUACCACUGGUACUACUACAGGAACUACCACUGACACCACAACAGGUACUACAACUGGAACUACUACUGGUACCACCACAGGAACCACCACUGGUACUACUACAGGAACUACCACUGACACCACAACAGGUACUACAACUGGAACUACCACUGGUACCACCACAGGAACUACCACUGGUACUACUACAGGAACUACCACUGACACCACAACAGGUACUACAACUGGAACUACCACUGGUACCACCACAGGUACUACCACUGCAACUACCACAGAUACUACCACUGCAACUACUACAGGUACUACAACGGGAACUACCACAGGAACUACUACAGGAACAACCACUGCAACUACCACGGAUACUACCACAGCAACUACCACAGGUACCACAACAGCAACUACCACUGGAACUACUACAGGAACUACCACUGACACCACAACAGGUACUACAAGUGGAACUACCACUGGUACCACCACAGGAACUACCACUGGAACCACAACUGGAACUACCACUGAUACCACAACAAGUACUACAACUGGAACUACCACUGGUACCACCACAGGAACUACCACUGGUACUACUACAGGAACUACCUCUGAUACCACAACAGGUACUACAACUGGAACUACCACUGGUACCACCACAGGAACUACCACUGGUACUACUACAGGAACUACCACUGACACCACAACAGGUACUACAACUGGAACUACCACUGGUACCACCACAGGAACUACCACUGGUACUACUACAGGAACUACCACUGACACCACAACAAGGUACUACAACUGGAACUACCACUGGUACCACCGCAGGUACUACCACUGCAACUACCACAGAUACUACCACUGGAACUACCACAGGAACUACUACAGGAACAACCACUGCAACUACCACGGAUACUACCACGGAUACUACCACAGCAACUACCACAGGCGCAUUUUCUUUUCAGCCUGCGGGGAAAAGUCGUGUACCUUACACCCUUAUAUUUCGGCCUCUUCAAAUAUCACUGAUUAUACCACUGGAACAAUCACAGGUACCACAACAGCAACUACCACCGGAACUACUACAGGAACUACCACUGGCACCACAACAGGUACUACAAGUGGAACUACCACUGGUACCACCACAGGAACUACCACUGGAACCACAACUGGAACUACCACUGACACCACAACAGGUACUACAAGUGAAACUACCACUGGUACCACAACGAUAACUACCACUGAUACUACUACAGGAACUACCACUGACACCACAACAGGUACUAACAAGGUGGACCUACCACUGGUCCACCGGAACACUACCACUGGUACUACUACAGGAACUACCACUGACACCACAACAGGUACUACAACUGGAACUACCACUGGUACCACCACAGGUACUACCACUGCAACUACCACAGAUACUACCACUGCAACUACUACAGGUACUACCACUGGAACUACCACAGGAACUACUACAGGAACAACAACUGCAACUACCACGGAUACUACCACAGCAACUACCACAGGAACUACUACUGCUACUACUACAGUUACCACUACAGAUACCACAACUGCAACAACCACUGCAACUACCACUCCUACCACCACAGAUACUACAACUGUAACAACCACUGAAACUACCACUCCUACCAUCACAGCUACCACUACAGAUACAACAACUGCAACAACCACUGCAACUACCACUCCUACCACUACAGCUACCACUACUGCUACCACUACGGAUACUACAACUGCAACAACCACUGCAACUACCACUCCUACCACCACAGCUACCACUUCGGAUACUACAACUGCAACAACUACUGCAACUACCACUCCUACCACCACAGCUAGCACUACUGCUACCACUACGGAUACUACAACUGCAACAACAACUGCAACUACCACUCCUUACUACAACAGCUGCCACUACAGAUACUAA